GAGGAGGGGGAGGAGGAGAGGGACGACGAGGAUGAGGAGGAGGAGGAGGAGGAGGAGGAGGAGGAGGAGGAGGAGGAAGAGGAGGAAGAGGAGGAGGAGGAGGAGGAGGAGGAGGAGGAAGAGGAGGAGGAGGAGGAGGAGGAGGAGGAGGAGGAGGAGGAGGAGGAGGAGGAUGUGGCGGCAGCAUUGGGCCACCGGUAA